UCCUCUCGUCAAGCGGAAAGGUAUAUGUACUGAACUGUAAGGCUCUACGUAGGAUUGAAAUAGUCGCAGUUAGGACGUUUGAAGGUGGAGAUCCACAAAAAAGAAAGUCAUUAAACAUAAUAUCAGAUCAAGAUGUCUCAAUUAGCGGCGCCCGCUUCCGCGGGGACAGCACCUUCUGGAGACACUGAGGAAAAGAAACCUUUGAAACCAUGUUGUGCAUGUCCUGAGACCAAGAAAGCCAGGGAUGCCUGUAUCAUUGAGAAAGGAGAGGAGAACUGCAAAGAUUUAAUUGAGGCUCACAAAGAAUGUAUGCGGGCAUUGGGAUUUAAGGUUUGAUGAAAUACCACUUUAGAGGUGAAUGGAUUGUAUCUGGAAUUAUUUUAAGUAUGCUACACUGCCUGCAUGGAGAUGAAUGAAGAUGUAUGUGGACACAUUAUUAUACAAAUGAAUUGUUACAAAGCUGGAUCUGAAAACUUUUAUUAGCAAUUUAUUUUUUCAAAAAAAAUGUAGGAUGAUAAUGAUCUCUUUGUUCUGAGUUACUUCCAUCCAGAGAUCUUUUCAAACUUAUAUGACUCAACCUUUAAUAAAAGUUUUCUUAAAAGUCA